CCAAGUUUCAUAUCUCAACUUGAACGCUAGCCUUCACACAAACACGCACGAUUUCCCGAAUCGAUCAAUCCAAGAAUCGCGCGACGCAAUGGCGGAGGAUCAGCGCGAAUCUGCAUGGCCGGACCUGCCGCCGGAACUCCUCGGCCUCAUCCUCUGCCGUCUGCCGUCCCUCGUCGACCGCGUCCGAGCCGCCGCCGUCUGCCGGCCGUGGCGCUCGUUCCUGAACCUCCCCUGGCUCGCUUUCGGGGAUGGAACCCUUUUCGACCUGGCCAACGACGACACCGCGCCGCACCCGCACUACCGCGUGCAAGGUCUCCCCGGCGACGCCUUCUGCUGCAGCGCCGGCGACAACAUGCUCUUCCUCCUGCACCCCGACGGCAGCUGCUCCCUUAUGAACGCCCUCUCCGGCGCCACGACACCUCUCCCCGAGCUGGCUGCUAACCUGCGGGUUUUCAAAGCAGACCAGCCCGAGCUGAGGACCACGCGGCAGCUGGCUCGCAAAUUGGACCAGGGAGACGAGCUCAAGGACCGCAUAAGAAAGGUGGUGCUGCUGCCAUCGUCCUCGGCGUCGGACCACCCCAUGGUCGCCGUCCUGGUCCGCAACCACGUAUGCGAACUCUACGUCUCCACCUGCCGGCCAGCCGGAGAGAUCAACUCGCUCCUCGUGGCUUGGACGAACGCAUACGACGUCGUCGACAUCGCCCCGUUCCAAGGCAAGAUCUACGUCCUCUCCCGUAGCCAGGGCCUGAUCGCCCUAGACGUCAGCAGUCGCCACCUCCGCACGCCGAGGCCGCCGCUGCCCAUCUUCGUACCAAAAUCGAGAUCCGGCGACCAAGUGAUACAGGACUCGCCGCAACAAGACCAACAAGAUCGCGAGGAUUUCGGCCCUGAUUUUGUGGUAUCCGAGCGAUAUCUAGUCGAGUCCAGCGGCAAGCUGCUGAUGGUGAGGCAAUGGGUCGAACGCGACGCUUGGACAACCUGCGACUUUGAGGUCUGGGAGGCAGACCUGACGGAGGGCCGGUGGAAGGAGUUCGACGGCGGCCUGGACGGCCGGGCGCUCUUUCUCAGCAAGCCGUGCUCCAAGUCUUUGCCUGCCGGUCAUGGAGUUCGAGAGGACUGCAUCAGGCCCCCCUCGGCGACUCCGGCGUGUACAACAUUACAGACGAGGAUUUCACACCGCUGCUGCCUGAGUUGA